GCAUUAUUGGAACCAUUUGUGAGAGAGUGAGGAGGAAUGGAGAUGUCCAAGAAGUGAUGCACGGUGCACACACAAAAGGCGACGCCCUCUUGUGUUUAGUGUUAAAGAUGGGGAGCUAUAGGGUCUUUCGCCCGGUUUAGUGGCUUCUGUGGGCGUACAGUGUCGUGAGUGUGGGCGUGGGCGCUUGCGGUGAGAUGGCGUCGACAGGCCCGCGCCCCGACACCCAUCCUCAAGAACCUCCUGCUGCUGCCGCUGCCACCGCUGCAGCGUCACCACCAGCCAUGGCGGGCGCGGCCGCUACGGUCAGUCCACAGAAGUCAUUGCAGCAGCAGGGGCAGCCUUUCGAACCUCUGGACAAAUCCGCCAGCCAGACAGUGAAGCUGAACCCCAAAUUGGAGUUGAGCCGCACUGAUCUUCUCAGAUUACUUUCCUAUAUGGAGGGUGAGCUACAGUCUCGAGAUGUUGUUAUAGCAACGCUCAAGACUGAGCGAGUCAAGAACCUACUACAGUAUGGCCGAGUAGGAUUGAGUGAUCCAUUCCUAGCUUUACAGCGGGACAGCAUUGGAGGUUCUGUGGUGCGGGGUGGGGGUGUCAAUGAAGCUGAACUCAGAGCUUUAGAAGAGACACAGUUAGCGCAGCUAGAACACCUGAUUGCUCAGCAACGUAAAGCACACCAGAGGAUGCGUCAUGUGCUUAGGGAAGCAGAGAAGCGCCAUUCUCGAGUGGUGGCAGAGCUUGAGGAGGAGAGAAGGAAACAUGAACAUGACACAGCUCAGGGUGAUGAUGUUACAUAUGCUUUGGAAAAGGACCGGACACGCUUAAAACAGCCUGAGUUGAGGAUGAUAAAGGAGCUGGAAUCAGAGAGGGCAGCUAAGAAGAAAGCUGAAAAGGAGCUUCGUAAAGUACAAGAAACACUUGAAGAAGAACGAGGAAGGCAGAAGCAGAUAAUCCUCAUGUUGGUUGAAGAGCGGAAAAGAUUGGCACUGCAGUACGUGGAGGAGAGAAAACGAUCUGAGGAUUUGGCACAGAUUUUAUCUGAAGAGAAAGGGAGAAUUGAUUCUAUGGCUGAAGGCUUGGAGGAGGAGAGUAAAAAAUCAUUACAGAUGGAAGCUGAACUAGAGAAGCAGCUUGCAGACUUUGACACUGAACGGCAACAGAUGAGAGGACAACUUGCCAAAAAGGAAGAAAGGAUCAAUGAAUUGGAAACACUGUUGGAGAAACAGCAACGAGAAGUUGAUCACUAUAAAAAGCAGUUACAGGAAGCCCAUAAUGUAGCCAUGUUUCAGCAGACUUUGUCUGUAUCCCCACCACGUAUUGGUAUUGCAACUCGCCCCGCCCCUCCACAACUGCCAGCUAAACCUGCAACCCUCACCCAGCCUCAACCUAGGAUGCCUGGUGCUUUAACCCCCCCUAAGAUAACACCCCGUGUGAGAGCUUCUUCACCAGGGAUUGAUGAAGUCACAGGAGUUCCAAUGAGUUUAGGAAUGGGUGUAGCCCAACACCAUGUUCCAGCUGGCCCCCACUCUACUGCAGGAGUUAGCAAUCCGCCCCAUAGUGUUCCUCCAGGGGUUGCUGCCAUGAGUAGCGUUACUAAGGCUGUGCAGCUUACUGCCACUGUAAACUCUGUUCCUGUUGCUGGCCCAACUACGGGUAUUGCUCGAGGGGUUCAGCCGGGAGUUGGAAUACGGCCAGUCAUGUAUAGUGUGUCAACCUCUGAGGUGACGAGGACUGUGACUACAGCAGCUAAGAGCUAUAGCGUAAGUGAGAAUGAGGGUGGCUGGACGGGCAGUGGUGAUGGUGAGGGCCCAGCCAGUUUACCAGGUGGAGUGUCAGGCACAGUAGAGCGUGGAGUGGUGCGAGUCACUGGACCUGGGGAUGUGCGAAGCCAGGCCCAGGUGGUGCAAGUGACUCCAAGGGUGAAUGUUUCGGCCUCACCUGGCACUAAAGUAAUCACUACAACACAUGGGGGAAAGGUGACCUUUCACGUAACUACAAAUGCGCCCACGACCACAGCUGCUUCAGCUUCUCCAGCUAAUGGUCAGCAGCAACAGCAAGUUCUCUCUCAAACUUCAACAAUGACCAAGAAACCUCCUCCCCCAGCCAGAUCCACUCAGCCUGGGGGACCCCCACCACCUGUUCCAUUAAACAAGCCAGCUGCAGCUCCCCCAGUUCCCCCAAAUAAACCAGCAGUGCCACCUAAGAAAGACUUGGUGACUCGUGUAGGGGCAGGGGGUCAAGGUGUGUCAGUAGAGCCUGGAACUCCUAUCAGUGUAGAGGUCAAACCACAGAAAGUGGGGCCACAGACAGUGAAAUUUGGCAUUACUAUAUCAAAGACAGCAGCUAGUGGGAGCCAGUCAGUUGGCUCAGGUGGAGGCAGUGGUCAGGCAGUUGUUGGUGUGGGUCCGGGGGGAUCAGGUGGGGGAUCUGAAACCCCAGUUGCCCCGGCAGUGGAAGGGGGAGCAGUGUCCCCUAGGAGAGACGCGGCGCAGGUUGGUGGAGGAAGUCCCCCGGUGCAUGCCACUGCCUGUGUGGACUCCCUCUCUCCUGAACUAGAGCACUUCCACCAGUUACUCAUUAGCAUGGCAGGUUCCUCAAACGUAGCAGUACCAACCUCACCUAACCUAGCUCCCAACCUCUCCAAUGCCCCAUAUACACAAGCUGUUUGUUCAUCUCCAUCCCCAAUUCUCUCUUCAUCUUUGUCUACUCUGUCUUGCACUGAACCUUCAUCACCACUACUGCCUCCCCUUUCUCCUCCCCCUCAGUCCUCAAAAAUAAGUACAGACGAUGGAGGAAUUGCGUCAUCAUCAACAUCUCCUUUAGCCUCAUCUUCACUUGCUUUCAGCUUUGUAACGAGCUCCUCUGUAGCAGCAGCAGCAACCACCUCAUCAUCAUCGCUCUCUGCUUCAUCACUUUCACCCUCUGCCUCCACCUCACAUUCACCACCGCCAUUGCCAUCAUCAUCACCGCCACCACUGUCCUCAGCUUCAGCUAUUUUAACACUUCCAAUGGAUUCCACUCCUCUGACCAGUAUAGCUCCUGGCUUAACCCCCUCCAAAUCCCACUUGGCUUCAGUCAACCUUCAUUAUUGUUCUCCACCAUCUACUUCUCCAUCUGGUCCACCACCUCCUCUACCUCUUAGUGACCCUCCCAUUCUGCUUACCCCGAUGGAUGGUGAGGAACUGGAGCCUCCUCAUUCACCUCUGGAUGUAUCAACACCUCUCACUGUGGAUGGGAUGACUGCUUUACAUCUUGCAGCGCAGGGGAACAACUGGCAGUCGGUGCCGGUGCUUGUGAGAUGCGGUGCCAGUGUUAAUGCUGAGGAUGAUGAUGGUUGCACGCCUACCUACCUGGCGCUGCUGUACGCCUGCACCCCAGCUGCUGCUGCCCUGCUUAGCUUUCCUCAGUCCCUAGAGCACACCACUAAGGAUGGUUGCAACUUCUUGCAUGCUGCCAUAAAAUCGGGUGAAGUUGAAUGCAUUGAGGUUUUGGUGCAACAUUUGUUAGCAAUGGAAGAUGGUCCCAACCUCCUACACCGACUUGCUGGUGGGCCAGACCAUCGGGGCAACACGCCGCUGGCCCUGGCUAUGUCUGCCACUAACUGUAACAUGCUGGCUGCACUCUGUCACGCUGGGCUAGAUCUCCCAGCUUUGCUCAGCCAUAAUGCUAGACUUCUCAGUCUUGCAUCAUCACCAGCUUUAGCCUUUGUCUCUAGCUCUAGCCGCAGUGAAUGCACAUGUUCAGUUUGGCUUGAAGGGCUAGACUUGAAUAGGGUUGGUGAUGGAAGUAAGAGGCAUAAUGGAGAUGAUGGAUCAGACAAAGAUGGUGGGGAGUGUGGUGAGCGCUGGGCCAUUGGGGCUGUGCGUGUGACCUCUGCAACUCUAUGGGGAGCCCUGGAAGAAACACUAACAUCUCUUGCAUUACACCACUGGGAUGCUCUAGCAAGGAACCAAGGUGCAGGUGGGCCAAGCUUCAGCAGUUGUAGCCGUCAUGGAGGCCAACCCCGUGGAGAGAGACGACGAUCAGACCCUCUUCAUGACAUGGAGGUCAACACUUCAUUCCUAGGCCUCAGCAAGUCUGCCAUAAGUCAUUUCUCCAUUGGCCACCAUAAAUGGACACGGGGUGAGUAUGGCUUGGUGAGUGGCCCAUAUGAUCUACUGGUGAACAACAGUGCCCAGGAUAUAUGUAUUCACCUGCACACCCUUGAAGCAGUGGCUUACUCACUCCUGGUUCCCCUUCCUAUCCUCAAGAAUUAUCUACGCUUGAUUGAGCAGUCACAGUGUGUGGUAGUAUAUGGGCCUCAGGACAGUGGAAAGCGUUCCCUUGUGAGAUGUCUUGCCCACCUUAAAGGUGGUGGUGUCAUUGGUAUGACCAGAAUAGAUAUGGGUGGUGGAAGGACGUUUAGUUUGGAGUCUGUCCGAAGCAUUGUGGAAAGUGGGGGAGGUCUUGUUGUGAUGGAGCGUGUUUCAAGAGAAGCUUGGCCAGGAGUAUGGGCCAUGGUUCAAGGAGUCAGCAGUGGAACAGUUCUAGUGACUAUGGAUGCCUGGAGACGGCCAGGCGGAGGGCAGCUUGAAGGUGGAGUGCUAUGGGUACAACUGCGCCAUGACAAAGAACCCUUGGUCUCAACCCUGACCCGCUCUCUUACACGACAUAUAGCCUCACUAUACGCCGGAGUCUUCCCAUCACCCAAUUCUCAGACACAGCUUGUUAUUGACUGGGUAACUGGAGCAUGGGGACGCCUGACUGCUACACUCAUGGCUUUAGGUUUCUCAUCUGCUCUUCAUGGCCCUCAUAUGUUUACACAGACUCUACUGGCAGCCAAUAAUCCCAGAGAUAUCUUGAGAGGAGUGCAACACCUGUGGAAUAAUGUGAUAAGCGCAGAAAUUCGUUCGGAGGUGGUCACUGUUUGGAGGAAGUCCAGUGUUGGAGGGGAAGUAGACGAGGCCAGGGUUACUAGCAUGGCUUUGUAUGUAGUUAUUCAACGCAGUCUUGCACCAGGCUUACCCCUACCCACUCCAGAAGCACAUGAUUUCUUGGCAGCUUUAGAUGGUGGUCUGGGCAGAUCUGCUUUCCGAGGUAUAAAACCAACUCUUCCAUCGUCUCGACCAAAAGACUUACCAUUAGAAGUGCUAGGUAACAACCCUUGGAAAGGUACAUCAUAUGAGAGAACAGGCAGCCAGCAGGCUUGUCCCUCUGUGGGCAUGGCAUCACCCACAUCACCAGAGUGGGAUGAAGCUAAUCUAACAAAGAUUUUGGGUCUCUCACCUAUGGGAUAUGCGUAACCUCGGCAUCUCAUCUCUCAACUUACCUCGUAGUAUUGUAGUGACUGUGUGAUUGGAGACCCUUGAAGUUCUCUUCCCUUUACCAAACUUCUUCCAUAAAGCCACCUGAAAUUUACUCUUCAGAAUGGAAGUUCUCUUAAGACUGUUCAUGGAUCUACUGUAGUGAAAGCUGAUGCCCUAAAGCCACCUUGUACGAUCUCAACUUGACGAAAUUUUAAUCUACUGCUGUAAGGAAUACAAAACCCUUGGAUCACUCAUUACUCUGAAAUCUACAUUGUUGUUUCAUGUGGUUGAGUUGUGUUUGGCAUUUUUGCUCAACUCUGCCUACUGUAUAGGUGCUACGUGUGAUUGUUGCAGUUGAAAAGUAUAAAGAAAUAGUUUUCUUGAGUGUGGAGGCAUAUGGCAAGUGUAUUAACAGUCUUGUGUGAAUGCCUCCCUUUAUCACUAAUCUAGCAGUGGCCAUCCUCAUCUUUAUUCACUAGCAUAUUGGAGCAGCUUGAUGUGAUACAUGCAUUUGUUCUUCCAGUGGUUUGAACUAUUUUUGUUUCUUAAUGCAGAGCUUUUUUGUACUUAUGGAGUGAUGAACAAUCAGACACAUGCACAGGUAGAGGAGGAUCACAGAUCAUAGCUUUAAUAUUAAUUAUCAAGAUUAUAAACUCACUUGUUCCCAGUAAUGUUCUCCCAUGAUGAGAUUGAGGAAUCUUGAACCUUGGGCAGCUGUCCUAGUGAUGCAAAUUGAAAUAUCCUUGAUACAACAAGAUGUCCAAUGCAAGGCUCACACACAUUAGUUGAGCAAAUAGAAAAAGGACACCAAAGGGAUUCCAAUUCCUGAUCAGCUUAUGAGAAAUAAAGUUCAGGUUUUGUGAUAUGAUGACCUAGAGCCAAUAACAUAGCUCAGUACCUCACUAAUAGCACUUUUUAUAUGGAUCUUCCACUGCAAAAGAUCAUUUCAAUAUUCCUGACAGACAUAUAUGAAAGUUUGCAAUAUAUUGAGCUAAUUACAUGUUGAGGAAAUAUGAAGUGUAUUUAUGCACAAUAUUAAGAUUUCUGUUUGAGGUCUUAACCAUUAUGAUGAAUCAAUAAGGCAAUAUUCAAUAUGUCUCCCAGGUCCUCUGUAGGGGUAUCCAAAGAAACUAUUGUUUUUGUGUCAUUCUAUAGUCAUGUGAUAUACUCGUUGUGGUGAGUUGUCUCGUGGCGUUAAGUAAUAGGUAAUGACUGUGUGAUAUUGUUUGCAAGCAAUUACAUGAUACUUAAACAAAUGUUUAAAGUAGGAAUGAACACAUAGGUCUCGUAGAUUGUGGGGAUACACAUACACCUCCAAAAGUGGAACAUGUUUAGCAUAACAUUUGUUUAGACACCUGUUACAUGAUCUCACAUCCUGUAAAGACGUAGCAUAUCUGUAUUUCUGCCAAGAUCCAGGGACACUCGGUUUUAUAGAGUUCCACUUAUUAACAGGAAUGCAUAAAUGCAUUUUGAUAUUUUGUAAAUGAGAAAAAAUUGCACAGCAGGUACAUCUUGGUGAUAAGAGAGCACAUGUACAAAAGAUGAUAAUUCAUUGGCUUGAUAAAUCAAUCUCAUAAUGCAAAUGGUAGAUUGAUUAAACAAGAAGUAGCAUUAGUAGCUGUUUUAAUCAAUCAUAUGCUGUAGUCAAGGAUUCUGGCCUUGCAUGUAGUAGGUAAAUGUCAUAAAAUUUUCUGUUUUCAAAUUUGGACCUUAGUUUUUGUCUAUUUCAACCUAGACUUGCUUAGAAGUAUGUGUCAUGCUCAAUCUUUUUUGCAUAGAUAAUUUUUAAGACUGAGCUCCAUUGGGUUUCACAGUAUGAGUUGUGGUAUAUUCAAUUGAUAGGUUGAUGUUAUGCAAGGACCUGAUAUCUAAUAAUCAUAAUAUUAUUUAUGUGGCAUUAAACACUUGAGUGUAAUGGAAGUAUAUUCCAAGAUGGAUAUCUUAUCAUUUGAUCACUGAUAUUAGAAGCAUCCAGUGGGUGUGUUUUGUAAGCUCAGCAAAUCAGUGGAUAAUGGGUGCCUUUGAUCAGAUGAAGAACUGGCCAUCUUAACAAGCUGUUUUUAAAACUUGUUAGAAAAGUUCUCUUGUACUUCUCAUAUCUCCCAAUACUGUAAGUUACAAAAUAUUAAUGGGGCAUUACGCACUUCAGCUAGUUCACAGUUGUCCUUCCCUAAGUGAUAAAGUCUGAAAUUUUUUCCCAUUAUGAACUUGUAUCUGGAGGUUAGUCUCAUAUUUAUGCAGUAUAUAAAUAUUAGGGGGUGAAUGCCUGGAAUUACCAGGUAAUGAGAAACAUCCUUGUUUUGUUGAAUUUAUACCAGUGAUAGUUAACCUAUUAAAAUUACCCUUGAUAGAAUUGUUCCUUGAUGAAACUUUUUAUUCUUAAUUUGGUAUAUGUUAGCUAGAAUCAUUUUGUGUUUUUGUAUGGUUCACUUUUAAUGACCUUCGUGAAGUAAUUGAGCCUCUAAUUAUCUGCGGUUUUGUUCACAUACUAUUAUAGUAAAGCAUAUUAUCUCGGCAGAAUUAUUAAUAUACUUGUACACAGUUCAUUGUUCCAUAUCAGAAAAUCAAAUGAGACAGGCACUGGCAAAGUUUAUGUUUAGUGUGUAGGCUUUGUGAGGAUUAUGGAAAAUGUUGUCCUUUCUAAAACUUCUCGUAAGGUACCUGCAAUCAUUUGUCUUUUGGUAUUGUGAGGCAUCAUGGUAACUUGGCAAGUGAACAAUUAGCAGAUCAAGUAGGAAAUGAUAACAUUACAGUGAUAACUCAGGCCUUCUCAUAUGUAAGGGUGGAAAUCAGUAUCUGACACGAAAUGGUACCUACUGUAGAAUGAUUAUUAGAUUUAACAAAUACAGCCUCCAAUUUCUUUGUUGAAACCAAAGUGCAGUGUCAUAAGAACACAUUGUUUAAAAUCAUUGAUUUUGAAAUUCUUGCCUUUAGAAUAUUGUAUUGAAGAAAAGAGAGCAGCUUAUGAUGUUUCCAAUUUUCUUUAUGCUUUCUUUUUUCCAUGAUGCAGUAUACUGUGUUUAAUGUUCAUAUUACAGCUGUACCUUGAUUUCUCAAACAUGAUUAACCACAAUCAUUAUUUAUCAGAAGACAAUUCUUAUGAUUAGUGUUUACUGCAUUGUUUAUAAUGUAUAUGAUUUAUGAACGGAAAUGUGUACAUCAAAAGCAAACACUAACAUUGUGGCUAAUCUGCUUAUGGGUAAAUUACUUUUCAAAUUAUCAAGGUGAUAAUAUAAUCAGCAGGUGCCUUCAGUAUAGCUAUUUACUGGAGUUCCAAAUACAAUACACACACUCAAGUAUUUUACUCGUAUUUUUAGCUCUGCAAUUAUCAUAUCUCAAUGGAUAUGGUAACAACUACUGUAUAUGCAAGGGCAGUAUCUGUCAGUAGUGAUUAGUGAUUUUAUGUCACCCAAACUUUUUAAGAGACUGGCAAAAUUUUUUAGAUGUACUGUACUGGAUUUUUUUAUGUAAAAAGAUAUGAUGUUUAACUUCAGAAUUCAGUUGUAAUUUUUUUUCUUUACAGUAUAUCAUUGCUAUAUGGGUUUGUCUACAAGCUCCCCCCCCCCCCUCUCUCCUCUCUCUCUCUGUCUCUCUCUCUCUCUCAUUUUUAUAUUAAGGUUACCCCGUAUGUACAGUAUAUUAGAUUAUAUUAAAAUGUGGUAGAGUCAGCAACAGAAGUAUGAUUGUUGAAGAAAUUUUCCCAUUUAGUCAUCUGUUGUUGUCACACAGUUUGAGACACCGUACUACCUCUUGGAGCUCCCUAUUCCUUUUUUUUCCUUUUUUUUUCUGUUUCAUUAAUAUCAGUUUCUGCUUCUUGUUUAUGUACUGAGGUAACCUUGAUUAUUUCUUGAAUCCACAUUUUUUUAUGUGAGAAAGUGCCGACUGCUUCACCUGUUGGACAGCCAAGCCAGUGUGCUGAAUACUUAGGCAAAUGUGUUUAUUGUUGUAGGUGGUAAUCGACACAGGUGUGGAGAUAGUCCGGAACCGAUACUUAUGUGUAAGGUUUUCCACGGUGCCAUUCUUCUCUAAAAUUGGUUAAAGAGUGUAUGAGAUAGGCAGUUGAGUGGAAUGAACUAACCAUGGCCCUGGGUUGCCAAGUGACAAACCAUGGUCCUAAGUUAUCAAGAGGCUAACCACAGCCCUGAAUUGCCAAGUGGCCAACCAUGGUCCUGGGUUACCAAGUGGCCAGCCAUGGUCCUGGGUUACCAAGUGGCCAACCGUGGCCCUGGGAUACCCUGUGGUGAAUCAUGGCCAGGGGUUGAAUUAUUACACAUUUCCUAAAGAUUAUAUUAUGAAUGUGGAUGGGUUGUGUUCGAUCAGGUUGGGUGGAACUCAAAGACAAAUACUUUUAGUGAUCAAGAUAACACAUAUUUUAUUUUUUAACACUUGCUGUUACAUGCUGUUAAUAAUCUGUAGUAAAAGAAAGUUUGGCUUGGCUCAGUUUUUGUAACAUUUGGAAUUUGUAGUAAGCAGCCAGGUUUUUCAUUUCAUUAUUAUUGCAUGGAGAGGAUAUAUGGAAAUAUCAGCUAAUUCAUUCUCCAAAAGAUUAGGUGUUCAGAACUCUUUUCACGGAAAUAACACAUAACUAAGCCUUUCAUGUGUAUCUCAACAGAAAGUAGGUUAUGAAUGUGAGUUUGGUUCAAUUAACAGAAGCUGUAGUGAAGGUCUCAUAACCAGGCAAGAUGGUCCCAAGGAAGAGGUGUUGCCAUCAACUAGGUUUAUUAUAUGUUAAUGUUGCACAUGAAUAUGAUGGAAUUUUUCUAAUAUUGGUAGAAAUGUGAAGCCUCAUAAUCUUUAUUAAACUUCUCAAUCAGAUCAAAGUUAGUACUGUAUGCAUCAUUUUUGUGAUACUUGUUUCCAGUAUGUAAUGCCUCACUGUAUUGUUUAAUCUUGUAGGAGACCUUGAGGUUGUGUUUCUUACUUUGUUAUGAUUUAGGAAACAUUAACAAUUAAGUAGAAAGACAAAGUUGAAUACUGUAUUUACUCUUUGACCAUUUAGUUGAAAUAGAAAUAUGGAAGAGAUGACUUCCUUGGCACAAAUUGGAAAAGUAAUUAAGAAAUGGCAGUAAUGAAGUGAGUGCUGUGAACCAGAACAAGGCAAGACUGACCAAGUCAGCUAUUGAUGUAUUUAGUGAGGCAUGUGUGAAACUUGAAUGGACUUAGUGCGGGACUAAAUGCCUGAAGCUGUCGUCAUCAAAAGAAUCUCUUCUUGAUUGUAUAUGUAUGUACAGACCACUGUGUAAACAAAGGGUAUGUAUUUUAAAAUGUACAAUUAAUGUAUUUAGCUAUCAUAUAAAGUGUACAGUUCUUUUUCUUAAUAAAAUAUAAAGUUGUUAAA